AUGACCAUCGACACAGCAGCCAAUGUUACCAUCAUUCGAAAAGAUUUGCCUCAACAACUGAGAGGUAAUCUCAUCUGGCCCAUAGAAUGUUUGAAGGCUCGUUUUAGUCGAAAUGACUUGCAAGUGGAAGUUUAUGUGAGAGAAUUGUUGAAAUUGGUCCUGAGAAAUGCAAAUUCUAGUAAUUCCUGUAAUAACUUAUGUGCAUUAUAUGAUAAUUUGGAACAACAAAUUCGGGCUCUGGAAACCCUUGGCGUUACUACAGAUAAAUGUGCUGCAUUACUUUAUCCUUUAGUCGAAUCUUGCUUGCCUGAGGAUUUCUUAAGAGCCUAUCAAAGAAGUGCAAAUGUUGACCAUGGUCCAGACCCAAAAUGUAGACUGGACAGUUUAUUAAAAUUUUUGAAAUCAGAAGUAGAAUCCGAAGAACGCAUAAGUUUAGCUAUGGCUGGUUUUGGUUUGAAGAACGAAGUGACCUGUGGGAUUAAAUCUAUUCAAAUUGUUCACGAUCGACCAUCAACGCCAGCAAGUUUGUUGAGUGCUGAUUCUCCCGCUAAGAAGUGCGUGUUUUGCUGCGGAAAACAUGAUUCAUUUAAUUGUUUUAAGGCUCAAAAAAUGCCAUUUUCAGAAAGGCAAAAACUCUUAAAAGAUAAAGGGCACUGCUUUAGCUGUUUAAAGGCUGGUCACUGUGCAAAUAAAUGCAGGAGUUCUGUUAAAUGUGCAAUUUUCCAUAAAAAUCACAGCGUAAUUAUGUGUUUAGAAUUGCUUAAAAAUAAAACAAAUGUUAAGAAGCCUAUGUUAAACAGCAAUGAAAAAGAAACUGGCAAGGAAGAAAGUUCUGUAAAUCUUUCUAGUAUUAGCAACACACCACAAGUACUUUUGCAAACCCUGAAAGUAAAAAUAAUUGGAAAUAAUUGUACACUUUGUGUUCGAGCUUUAUAUGACACAGGAUCGCAAAAAUCGUAUUUAAGGAAGGAUUUAAUUUCUACUCUAGGCCUGAUACCUUCUAGACAACAGAUUUUAAGCCACGCCCUUUUUGGAGGAAAACGAACACCUGAAAAUGUGUAUAGUGUCUACACAAUUAAGCUAAAGAGUUUAGACGAUAAUUUUACUUGUACUUUUGAUAUUUAUGCGCAAGAUACAAUUUGUCAUGUUGUACCUUCUGCCUUAAAUGGGUCAUGGAUUAAAGAGCUCCAGUCCAUGAAUAUACCAUUUUAUGACACUGAAGAUUCAUCAGGUCCUGUUGAUCUUUUAAUUGGUGCAGAUGUGGCUGGUCGACUUUUCACCGACAGAAAAAUAGUACUUUCUAGUGGUAUUGUAGCCAUAGAAACUUACCUGGGCUGGACAUUGAUCGGUAAAACAUCAGUGAAUGCUGAAAGGGAAGAUACGGCGAUGACGGUUGUAACAAUGUUUGUGAAAGAUGCCAAUAUUCCUGACCUUUCUUCCUUGGACAGCUUAGGAAUAUCCGAUACAGUCGAAGUAAAAUCACGAAAGGAAAAGGAAUUUAUUACGAAGAAAUAUUUUCAAGAGACACUAAGAAUUAAGAAUGAUAGGCGGUACGAAGUUGUCUUACCAUGGAAAGAUGAUCAUUUGCCUCUCCUCACUACCAAAGAUAUAGCGAUAAGAAGACUUGAAGUCUCAACAAAAAGUCUGAAUUCAGAAAAAUUAUUUGAUACCUAUGAUGAUGUCUUUAAAAAAGGGACUGAAUUGGGAAUAAUAGAUGAUGUCAGAGAUGAGCAUUCACACCUUCCUGGGAUCCAGAAUCCAGCUGUUUUGCCUUCUCGAAGAUGUUCCGCUAAACAACUGUUAUCAACCAAAUAG